AUGUCACCCCAGUCACACUUAUCUUCACACUCGCCCCAGUCCUCCAACUCAAAUCUGUACCACAGUCUGUACCACAGUCUGUACCACAGUCUGUACCACAGUCUGUACCACAGUCUGUACCACAGUCUGUACCACAGUCUGUACCACAGUCUGUAUCACAGUCUGUAUCACAGUCUGUACCACAGUCUGUACCACAGUCUGUAUCGCAGUCUGUAUCACAGUCUGUACCACAGUCUGUAUCAAAGUCUGUACCACAGUCUGUACCACAGUCUGUACCGCAGUCUGUACCACAGUCUGUAUCAAAGUCUGUACCGCAGUCUGUACCGCAGUCUGUACCGCAGUCUGUAUCACAGUCUGUAUCACAGUCUAUAUCACAGUCUGUACCACAGUCUGUAUCGCAGUCUGUACCGCAGUCUGUACCACAGUCUGUAUCACAGUCUAUAUCACAGUCUGUACCGCAGUCUGUACCGCAGUCUGUACCACAGUCUGUACCGCAGUCUGUAUCACAGUCUAUAUCACAGUCUGUACCGCAGUCUGUACCGCAGUCUGUACCGCAGUCUGUACCGCAGUCUGUAUCACAGUCUAUAUCGCAGUCUGUACAACAGUCUGUACCACAGUCUAUAUCACAGUCUGUACCACAGUCUAUAUCGCAGUCUGUAUCGCAGUCUGUACCGCAGUCUGUACCACAGUCUGUAUCGCAGUCUGUACCACAGUCUGUACCACAGUCUGUACCACAGUCUGUAUCGCAGUCUGUAUCGCAGUCUGUACCGCAGUCUGUACCACAGUCUGUAUCACAGUCUGUAUCGCAGUCUGUACCACAGUCUGUACCGCAGUCUGUACCGCAGUCUGUACCACAGUCUGUACCACAGUCUGUACCACAGUCUGUAUCGCAGUCUGUACCACAGUCUGUACCACAGUCUGUAUCGCAGUCUGUACCACAGUCUGUACCACAGUCUGUACCACAGUCUGUAUCGCAGUCUGUACCGCAGUCUGUACCGCAGUCUGUAUCACAGUCUGUACCGCAGUCUGUACCGCAGUCUGUAUCACAGUCUGUAUCACAGUCUGUACCACAGUCUGUACCGCAGUCUGUACCGCAGUCUGUAUCACAGUCUGUACCACAGUCUGUACCACAGUCUGUACCACAGUCUGUAUCGCAGUCUGUACCACAGUCUGUACCACAGUCUGUACCACAGUCUGUACCACAGUCUGUACCACAGUCUGUACCACAGUCUGUACCACAGUCUGUACCGCAGUCUGUAUCGCAGUCUGUAUUGCAGUCUGUACCGCAGUCUGUACCGCAGUCUGUACCACAGUCUGUACCACAGUCUGUACCACAGUCUGUACCACAGUCUGUACCACAGUCUGUAUCACAGUCUAUAUCACAGUCUGUACCACAGUCUGUACCACAGUCUGUACCACAGUCUGUAUCACAGUCUAUAUCACAGUCUGUACCGCAGUCUGUACCACAGUCUGUACCGCAGUCUGUACCGCAGUCUGUACCGCAGUCUGUACCGCAGUCUGUACCGCAGUCUGUAUCACAGUCUGUAUCACAGUCUGUACCACAGUCUGUAUCACAGUCUGUAUCGCAGUCUGUAUUGCAGUCUGUACCACAGUCUGUACCACAGUCUGUACCACAGUCUGUACCGCAGUCUGUACCGCAGUCUGUACCACAGUCUGUACCGCAGUCUGUAUCGCAGUCUGUACCGCAGUCUGUAUCACAGUCUGUAUCACAGUCUGUACCACAGUCUGUAUCACAGUCUAUAUCACAGUCUGUAUCAAAGUCUGUACCGCAGUCUGUACCGCAGUCUGUACCGCAGUCUGUACCACAGUCUGUAUCGCAGUCUGUACCACAGUCUGUACCACAGUCUGUACCACAGUCUGUACCACAGUCUGUACCACAGUCUGUAUCACAGUCUGUACCGCAGUCUGUACCGCAGUCUGUACCGCAGUCUGUACCACAGUCUGUAUCACAGUCUGUACCGCAGUCUGUACCGCAGUCUGUAUCGCAGUCUGUACCACAGUCUGUAUCGCAGUCUGUACCACAGUCUGUACCGCAGUCUGUAUCACAGUCUGUACCACAGUCUGUCUGAUACAUCUCUGAGUCCUUCCUCUCUGUGUGUGUUAUCCUUUCCCCCUGCAGGGGGCGCACUCCACUGA